GCUAGUAUUAAACUCUUCACCAUUUCUUCCUUUACACACAUUAGGCAGAAGUUUAAAAUGAAGGCUUUCGUUGCCCUUUGCCUUAUCGCUGCAGCUGCAUGCAGUCCUGUGGAAUAUGGGGGACAUGAAUAUGGGGGACAUGAAUUAGAGGCCGCUCAACUAUAUCAGCCCGCACCCGCACACUUUAUCCACGCAGCCCCCGCACAUAAAGUCAUUGCUGAACCAGUGGCAUAUCCUAAAUACCAUUUCAAUUAUGGUGUUAAAGAUGGUCACACAGGCGAUAUCAAGGAGCAAUCGGAAGAACGCGAUGGAGACGUGGUGAAAGGCGAGUAUUCUUUGGUCGAGCCCGAUGGCACUGUCCGAAAAGUGGAAUACACCGCGGACGAUCACAACGGAUUCAACGCGGUUGUGUCCAAGUCCGGUCACGCGGUCCAUCCAGCUCAGCAUGCGAAAAUAGCCGUUCCCAUAGAAUCGCAUGGAUACUACCAUCAUUAAGUCUAAUCAUAUACCUUAUUAGUUAGUAUUUAAUGACAGGUGCACAUUAUUUGUGCAAGAAGAAUUUCAUCAACGUCAUCGUGGUAUGUUUGGUUGAUGAUGGUUAUGAAUGGUGGGAUUGGUUGCUUAGAUAGUAUUGCACAAACCGUCUACGAUGCUGUUGCAUCUGUCUGAUUGUCUAUCUUCUUAAUCAAUUAUACAUACCCACUUAUGUAUCUGUAUCUCGCAUGUUUGUUUGUGUGCAUGUGUACAUACUGCGAUAUCUAUGUAAAAUAUGAUGUUACUUGCACAACACUGUAUUCGUGAGUUUAACCCAUUAGCAUUUACGUUUCCUUCAUGUUUUGUUACGAUAA